AUGAAUAAUUUUAAGGCAUAUCAAUUAUUCUCUAAAAAAAUAGAAAAUAAAGAGCAUGAACAAUGUUUAUAAUUAUUACUCUAUACUAUGAAUGGAAGAAAUAGUUUCAGACAUUUAAUUUUAUCGUUAACAGAUUAAUAUUUAAAAAAUAGAGAGAUUAACUUUGCAACUGUGUUGAUCACAAAUUAAAAUUAAAAUAUAGAAAUUAACACCAUAUAUCAUGUAGAACCAAAUGAUGACUUAUUUAAAGUUAAAAUAACUUAAGUAAAUCAAUUAAUUAACAAUUUAUUUGUAAAUUAUUACUAAUCUAAUCAAAUGAAAAAUUUCAAAACUUUAGAUGAAUUAAUUUCUAUAUUUGAAAGUAUAUGGUUUCCUAAAAAAACAACUAUUAAGAAAGUAAUUCGUAAAAUUGGAGAAAAAGAUUACCGAUAAAUAUUAUUGCUUCCAAAUAAUAAUAUGUAUACAAUAAUCAAUAUUUAGAAUAUAUACUAAUUCCAAUCAUAAUGAUAAUAUAAUCCUUUAAAAUAGUUCUCAUUUUAUUUUUAAUGAUGUAUUGCCAAAUCUACUUCCUCCUUCAAAUUUAUUUCUUAAAAGUUAAUUACAUUUUAUUGGUUAUCUAGAUCCAGUAUACUUAAUACCUAGAGGAUAAGGCAUACUAUUUAAUAAUAAUGAUUCAGAUUUUUGUUAAUUUAAAUGUGAGAAUUUUUUCUACACAAUUUCUAAUGGAGAAUUUUAAGCAUUUAAUUCAGGAUAAGAAUAUUUCAAAAAGGGAAAAAUGAAAAAUGGAUAAGAAAUUUAAGAUGGCUUGAAAUUUAUUCAUGAAAAAUCUAUAGCAUUUACAGAUGAAUCCAGUAUAACUGAAAAAUUUGCUAAAUCUUUAUAUCCUGGAGAAUGGUUAAAUUAAAUUUUAGUAGAUUACAUAAUUAAAUAAUAUUAUUUUUAAUAAUUAUUGAUUAGUAAAAUUAAGAAUGAAUCAAAAAAAAAAUUAUUUAAUAUUGUUUUGAUAGAUACUAGAGAUUCAUAAGAUAUUUUUUCAAGUUAAAUUACUUAAAUUGAUAAAAUAAAUGAAGAAUAUUCCAUAAAGCUUCUUGAUAAAAUUAGUACUGAAAUAGAUAAUAGAUUUAUAUUAUUAUUAAAUGUGGAUAGAUGUCAUUUUAUAUGUAUAUGUAUUGAAGAAACAAAUAUAUAUAUUUUAAAUUCUAUGAAUUCUCAAAGGUAGGAUAAAAUUGUAGGUGAAAAAAUCCAAGAAUUCAAAUAAUUUAUUCAAAAAGAAAUGUCAAAAUAAGGUUUUAAAGAUAAAUUUAGUGAUACUUAAAUAAAAAUUAAAAAUGUACCACAAUAAACAAAUGGGCAUGAUUGCUCAAUUUAUACACUAUUUAAUGCUAUGUAAUUGAUUAAGCAUUAAGAUAUUAAAAUAGAUGAUAUAGAUUUUGAAGUAUCACCAAUAUAAAUAGCAGAAUUACGCUUUUAAUUUUUCCAACAUUUAUUAAAUAAUAAUUCAAUUCUUUCAAAUAAAAAGAAAUGGUUUUGGAAUUCAGGUAGAUUAUGA